CCGGCCUUCGUGCUGGCCACAGAUCUCCUGGUGGAUGUUCCUGGUCAUGGGAAGGUGGUAGUGGACAUUGCAUAUGGUGGCGCAUUUUAUGCAUUUGUUAGUGCUGAAAAGUUAGGACUUGAUGUUUGUUCUGCAAAGACAAGGUACCUUGUGGAUGCAGCAAGUACAGUGACAGAAGCAGUGAAAGCUCAGUUUAAAAUUACUCAUCCUGAUAGUGAAGACCUUGCCUUUCUAUAUGGAACUAUAUUAACAGAUGGAAAAGACACUUACAGUGAGGAGCCAACCACCAACAUCUGUGUGUUUGCAGAUGAGCAGGUUGACCGAAGUCCUACGGGCUCAGGAGUGACAGCCCGAAUUGCCUUACAGUAUCACAAAGGGCUUCUGGAACUGAACCAGACCAGAGCCUUUAAAAGCAGUGCCACUGGCUCAGUCUUCACCGGGAAGGCUGUGAGGGAAGCAAAGUGUGGGGAUUUUAAUGCGGUUAUAGUGGAAGUAUCCGGACAAGCCCAUUACACGGGAACAGCAAGCUUUACAAUAGAAGACGACGACCCACUGAGGGAUGGGUUUCUUCUCAAGUGACUUCUAUGACUUUUAAAGGCUUUCUUUUUAAAGCAAUCGUUAUCUAUCAGUAAUUUUCAUCUGAAUUAUGUGGAAACCUAUAUCCAAAUUGUACAUGUAAGCCAAUUCCCAUUUUUCUAAAAUAGUACACUAUGGCUAAAUAUAAAAUCAUUAUACCUCAGAGAUGCAUAGAUAUAUAGGUAUAGCUCCUGAAAUACAGGUACAUAGUAGAAAACAAUCAGUGAAUCACUACAGUGGGACAAGUCUCAUACUCUACCAGCUACAUGCCAGGUAGAUUUAUAACAUGAUGUCCUGGCUAGUGUGGCUCAGUUGGAUGAGCUUCGUUCCAUGCACCAAAAGGUCGCUGGUUCGAUUCC